GUCUUUCUGCUGUCUCUAUCUUUUACUCUCUCUCUCUAGAAUGCUGUUAUGCAAAUGUACAAAACAUGCAUACAUAGGCAAACAAGAAACCCUUAUAAAAGUCUGACCAAAUGAAAACCAAAACCCAAUAGCAGCAGCAAUGGCUCCUCCAUCUUUCUCUCUCUUUCUCUUUCUUUCUAUCUCAUCGUCCCUAUUACUCACUCUCAGUCUCAGUCUGAGUUCAAUCCCUUCUUCCUCUGCUUUCGAAUCAGGAACUCCAAAAGGUCAAGCAGAGAGACUCAUUCGGAGCUUCAACUUAUUUCCCAAGCAUGACAUCAACGCCGGCGCAGCAACACCCACCUUCGAUUCAGCUCAUUCCCCGCCGUCCAACUCCUCCGUCGUCUUGACGGAGAAGCGAAUUAAGCUGCCCGUUCUCGGCGAUUCAGGGACUUCAGUUCAGGAAUUGGGCCAUCAUGCCGGCUAUUACCGACUUCCUCACUCUAAAGAUGCCAGGAUGUUCUACUUCUUCUUUGAAUCGAGGAAACACAAGAAGACGGACCCAGUUGUGAUAUGGCUGACAGGAGGGCCAGGCUGCAGCAGUGAAUUGGCCAUGUUCUAUGAAAAUGGUCCUUUCCAUAUUGCAAACAACUUGUCUCUUCUCUCUAACCCUUUUGGUUGGGACCAGGCAUCAAAUCUUAUAUUUGUAGAUCAACCAACCGGGACUGGCUUCAGCUAUAGCUCCAAUGAAGAUGAUAUUCGCCACGAUGAACAAGGUGUUAGCAAUGACUUGUAUGAUUUCUUACAGGCCUUCUUCAAGCAGCAUCCUGAAUAUGUAAAGAAUGCAUUUUACAUAACAGGGGAAUCGUAUGCUGGCCAUUACAUACCUGCAUUUGCUUCAAGAGUUCAUAAAGGAAACAAAGAUAGACAACCCGGCACCAUUCACAUUAACUUCAAAGGUUUUGCAAUUGGGAACGGUCUAACCAAUCCAGAAAUACAAUACAAGGCAUACCCAGAUUAUGCUUUGAGUCAUAAUCUAAUCAAGCGAUCUGAUUACAAGAAACUUAAACGUUUAAUCCCACCUUGUGAAAAGGCUAUCAAGCUCUGUGGUUCCAAUGGAGGUCAGAGCUGUGUCACUGCUUUAUCAACUUGUAAUUCCAUUUUCAGCAAUAUCCUUUCAAUUGCAGGCAAUAUCAAUUUUUACGAUGUGAGGAAGAAGUGUAAGACGCAGUUAUGCUAUGAUUUCUCGAGAAUGGAAAAACUCCUGAACCAGCAAACAGUCAGAGACGCCCUUGGAGUAGGAGCAAGAGAGUUCGUAUCGUGUAGUUCUAAAGUAUACGAUGCUUUGCAGGUAGAUUGGAUGAGGAAUCUUGAAGUUGGAAUUCCGGAACUUAUUGAAGAUGGAAUUAAGCUGUUGGUGUAUGCCGGUGAAUAUGAUCUGAUCUGUAACUGGCUUGGCAAUUCAAGAUGGGUUAAUGCUAUGAAAUGGUCUGGACAGAAAACUUUCAUAUCUGCUCCCUCGAUUCCUUUCAAAGUUGAUGGUGCUGAAGCUGGACAGCUUAAAGGACAUGGACCUUUAACCUUCAUCAAGGUUUUUAAUGCUGGUCAUAUGGUUCCAAUGGAUCAACCCAAGGUUGCCCUGGAAAUUCUAAGGCAAUGGACACAAGACAAACUAGACCUAGAAGCCUAGUCUAGCCCAGUCACAUUCAUGUAACUAAUUGUCCACAAUGAGACAGUCAAAUUAUAUAUAAUGCAAUCCAUAUCAAUUGCUUUACAAAUCUAAGAAAGCAAAACCAGUGUUUGAUGCAAGUUUAGAAAG